AUGCAGCACCUCGCGCGUGACCCGGCUCCUCUAACUCGGGUGUACCACCUCAUGGCCGAAGGGAUGUCCUUCAUGGUCACGCUCGCGCUCCGUGCAAGAAGGGUGGAGAAGUGGAUCCGCGGCGUUAAGAGGGACUAUCUCGACAACGUGCCAAUCAAGUGUGUCGGCUUGGAUUGCGAGUUCACCAACCCUCGCGAGGGUGAUCAGCGAGCUGCCUUCCUGCAAGUCUCGGUGGCGUCCGAGAAUCUGUCACUCACAGUUUGGUUCCUCAUGGAGGCCGCCCUGCCGGAGGAGGAGCGGUUCGAGGCGCUUGGUGCUCUCAACCAGCGGCGUCUGUGCGCACCCCGCCAGCGGAAUCUGGAUGAGGUUCCUGUCAUUGUGUUUGACAUAGGAGAAAACUUGUCCCAUCGCUAUCAAGAGCUCCUGCAGCGAAUCUUCCGCCGGGCAGAGCGGAUUGCGCCGGCAAGCUAUUAUGGAAAGCCUAUCACCCCAUACCCUAAUCCAGCAAACCAUCCUACAAAGGGCCAUAGCUACUUCCGCGUUCUGUGGAUAUCUAGCACUAAACCUAAUAUCAGAGUCGAGCUUAUGAUCAGGGAUUCUGAUUUCUAUCUGCUGGGAUUUAGGAAGCGCCUUGCUGGACAAGAGUGGUCGAUUUGGUAUUGUUUCAAAGACGAUUUGGGUUGGCCCUCUUUCCUGGAGGGCCCCGGUGUUGUUCAACAAAUUUGGUUUGAUGGGGGACAUCAGAAUCAUGUUCAGGUCGGUGGUGCUGUUUCUAUAGAAUUUAUCUUCCAUACACUUGCGAAAUGGGAGGCAGAUCAAGGGCAGGACAUAAUGAUCGAGGCGCUUCAAGUAGCUGUCGUGGUUCUUUGCGAGGCACUUCGCUUCUUUUGGGUUGAAGAGGAGAUAGUAUACAGGAUCGAAAAUAAUGUGGAUCCGUAUGAUCUGAACUUUACCCAAUUUGGAGACCGGCCUAUGUGGAAACGCAUUGGCAACUGGCGUAAUUUCUCUCGUAUUGCCAUAGAUGCCGGACUCAACAACGGAGUGAUUAAAACACGCCAAGUAAUGGGUCGAACUCAGUUUGACCUAGUCUAUCAGGUCUAUGGUUUUAUGGACAUGAUGAAUGGGAUUAGAGUGCUGAAGAGGAUUGAAGGCGAGAGCAAAUUGGAGCCUAGAGGUAACCAGAAGAAACCCCGGUAUGGAGGAAAUGUUCGUGAUCCGGGUUUCAUAGCCCUGAACGAAGUUUAUCCCGCGGACGCAGCAGGCAAUUGGUGGUUUCAGUAG